AUGCUCCUGAAACUCCUCCGUUGCAAACUUACAGAGACCAAUGGCUUACUUUCUCUGCUCCCACAGGUAUGGUCCUCCAGCCCAGAUCUCAAACUCCUGAUACUCUCUCGUAUGAUUCGAAUGUUUGCCUACGGUGGCACGACACUCAUUCUCGUACUCUAUCUUGCAGCUCUUGGGAUAUCAGACACGCGAAUAGGACUCUUCAUGACGUUGACCCUGGCGGGUGAUAUUGGCGUUAGUACGAUCUUGACUGUUAUAGGUGACGGUAUGGGAGUCAGGAUGACAAUGGCCGUGGGCAGCAUUUUGAUGAUGGGGAGUGGAGUUGCUUUUGCGGUGCUGGAGGAUUAUUGGUCCUUGCUGGCAGCGAGUAUCUUAGGGGUGAUCAACCCGAGCGCAAACGAAGUUGACCCGUUCAAAGCCAUUGAAGAAUCCGCCAUAGCGCGUCUAAGCACAUCCUCGAACUGCAAUGACUUCUUCGCCUGGUGGACACUUCUGGGUAUGGUGGGCAUGGCAGCCAGCACACUCCUCACCGGUUUAUUGAUCGAUUACCUCCAAGCAGAGCAUGCUCUCCUGUCUCUGGAUGUCUACCGCUUGAUAUUCUUAUGCUAUGCAGCGGUUGGCGCCCUGAAGCUCGUGUGCACUCUGUGUACUAGUUCACAGGUGGAGCUACAUACUCCAUCAGCGUUGCUGACAGAUGCCGAUAUCAUGGCACCAGAGGAAGAGACUCGUGCACUUCUAUACGAGAAUAGACAUCAACACGAGACGUACAACACAAUAUCUGUACAGCCACUCAUUGAACCCAAUAUCGAUGAGGACGACGAAGAAGAGAAAGAAGAGACCCCAAUGUUCACCCCGGAAUCUCGCUCCUUCAUCUGGAAAGUGAGUCUCGCCAUAACACCAGAUUACAUUGGAUCCGGACUCGCCCAAAUAACUUGGAUGACUUAUUUCUUCAAGCGCGAAUACAACAUUGCUGAAGGUCCCCUUGGUCUCGCUAUAUUCAUCGCAUCAAUUAUAUCAUCCUUCCUAAACUUGCUCUCCUCGCCUCUCUCUAGAGCGUUAGGUCAAGUUCCCACGAUGGUGCUGUGUCAUACAGUUACAUCUGUCUCGCUUCUUAUGAUCUCAGCGCCGAAUAAUCGGACGCUGGCGCUGGGUUUAUUCAUGGUGCGAAUUGUGCUAAGAGAAAUUGAUAGUGCGCCGAGACAGGCGUUCAUUGCGGGCGGAGUUCUGAAUGAGGAGAGAACGAGUGUGAUGGGAUUAGUCACUGUGGUUAAGACUGUGGGAUGUUGUGCGGGAUUGUUUUUGACGGGGGAGUUUGCUGGAUCCGGACUGUUUUGGGUGGCGUUCGUUGUGGCAGGAACGUUGAAGCUGUUACACAAUAUUAUCGUUGUGGCAUUCUUUUGGAAUCAUAGAGGGAGGUAUGAGGCGUGA